AUGAGCGGAGCAGCCGCAGAUGGAAUCGAUGAUCGAGAUCUUCCGAAGUUGGAGCUUCUGAAUGCAGCCUUCCACGGGGACAUCGAUAAAGUGAGCUAAACUGGGGAAACUAUUCGAAAACGUCAGAAGCUAUCGCAGAUCGAUUCGUUGAUGCGAGAGAGGAAAGUGCACAUAGACUCGGUGGACGAUGAUGACGUCACUGCUCUCCAUAUUGCGGCCGCAAUGGGCAAUAACAACUUGGUGAGCAUAUUUUUUGUGAGAAUAGAAGUUGCAUGAAAGUUUAGGUUCUGCGACUACUUGACUACGGAGCGAACAUAGAUGCGUGCAACCAACUGGGAAUGACCGCCUAUCACUACGCGGCCCGCGAAGGGAAACUUGCAGUGAUAGACACUCUGCUCCAGCGGGGAGCCAACUAUCAGCAGAAGACGUACCUCGGAGUGACUGCCCUGACCCUUGCUUGUGCCGGAGGUCACGCGGACGUCGUUCGAAGACUUCUCAGCUUCCGAUACGAAACACAAAGAUCGGAGAAGCCUAAAAGAACGUUGGCGCCGAGUUCUCUGAUAGUUGCCACUUGCAGUAAGUCUCCGCAGAUCUGCAACUAUCUGGCGAGAGCCGGAGUCCCUCUGGACGAAUCGAUCGACAAUCUGAAAGGACUCACGGCUCUUUCGAUCGCAAUCAUCUGCACUCCGGGCGUCUACAUGGUCCGCUCGCUGCUCGAUCUCGGAGCAAGUGCCACGAAACGAGGGCUCUACAAAAUCACUCCGGAAGAGUUGGCCAAGCAAAUGCACAGAACAGAUCUGGAGAACUUUCUGAGUCCGAAAAGAACAGUGAGAAGUCGUGAGUGUUUUUUCAUGUCCAUUUCAUUUCAUUUCAACAACUGUCUUUCUCUUUCAGGUCUGGAAGCUCAAACUGAUGUUCGGAGAGAAAUUAAGAAUAAUCAGUUGAUCGACAGAGAGUACGGACCGCCGUCUCGGAAUGGCUGUACCCUUUUGAUGUACGCCACCAUAGUAGGAAGCACCAGUUCGGUGAGACUGUUCAAUUGAUUCAAAAGUGUUAAUUCUGGAGUGACAGGCGAAAUCGUUGGUUUUGCACAAAGAUUUCGAUGUGAACACGAUGGACGACAUGCACAUCACAGCCCUCCAGAUUGCCGCUCUUCUCCGAGUCGACAGUCUCGUUUCGCUUCUUCUCCAGAAGUCUGCCGACGUUACGGCAAUCAAUAAGUACGGACUGACCGCGUACGACCUGUUCCUCCUCUCUUCCGGUACUAAACGCCGUGUGUUCUCCACGUAAAAUGAGCACAAUUCAGAUGUGGUGGAGCCGGGAAAUUUGCGUGCUCAGCUGCAUUGCCACCGUCCUUCCGAUAUGAAACUGAACCUCAGCAACUCCUCUUCGAAUCUGUUCCAAUUGCAAACAAAAGUGAGAACAUUUGCUAUAUCAUUUAAUUAUCCUAAUUUUCAGAGUUUUUUGACGAAGAUGUCAUCUCAAAUGUUUUUGUCGAAAAGCGAAAAGGUGGAGGCCAUCGAACCGAGACAGUGGUUGGAGGCCAAAAUCAAAUAUCAGCCCGCAAAAGAUAGAAAUAAAUACGUGAGAUUACGGUAAUGAAUCAAACGCGUAUCGCGACGAUUUCAGAAGUUUGCAUCAGUGGAAGACAUUCUCAGAGGCGUCAAACAUCCGAAACCACCAGAGACGAAUGAGUACGACAUGGAAACGGACGCGAUGAGGGAGUAUAUGGAGGUUCGGAUUGCACGGGAACACACGUUUAGACGAGAUUUCAGGAAUGCCAAAGCUUCGCAGUCACUUGCUUCACUGAUUUCUACGGAGAACGAGAGAAAACGCCGACUUCAGAGUACUACGACAUCGCCCAAUUCCAUGCAAAACGGUCGGGCUACCAUCGGAAGGAAGGCGGGGAAGUCGCCCGGAGACCUCCGAUCAUCCGGCCGCGGAAGGAUAGCAUUGAACGGGAACACCGCAAACCACGCACCAUUUCGAUGAUGGACUCGCCGUCCCAGAACCAGAUGAGAACGACGCCGCGAAUGCUGAAAAAGUCGAGGGACUCGACGAUGGAGUACUAUUCGGCGCAGGCGGGAAGGGCACGGGCUUCCAAUAUUCAGGUGCCGACUGUGGUGGUCGCGAGGCCGAGAUCCGUGGGGAAUCCUAUAACGGACGGUAUAGAAUGACGACACAAAAUCGUGUAGUACAUGCAAUUGUUUGUUGCAGAAGCCAUUUGGAAUCAUUUUCUGAAAAGAAAGGAGUAUAAACUGAUGGAAGCAUUGAAACGAGAAGAAAUUGAUAAACAUGUAAGUUUGCAGUGGGCAUUGCGAGCACUUACGUUGCUUUUAGACUUUCUUCACAAUCCGAGAGCGUCAUUUGCAUGAAAUGGGCAUCUAUUCGCCUGAAAACCAAAAAAUAAUAGAAGAAAUACAGCGAGCAGUGGUCAAUGGUUCCAUGUGA